AUGUUCUUAUUCUUCCUACUGCCAAUUUUUACGGUAGCCGCUGUUAUUCAGACUACUGUACCUACAGUAACCACGGACAUCCCUCUAUCGUCCGUGGAAUCUAUUACUGUACCGACGAGAACUCAAGAUGAGAAAAAUGCAAAGUUGGAGGAGAGAUUACCGUUUUUGAAAAGUGCUGAUGAACUAAGCCGUCAAGAGUUUUUCUCAAUUAUUCAAAACGAUAAAUUGAGUAAAUCGGAGAUAUGGGAACGAGUGGAACAGUGGGCGGAGAAGCAAUCCGAGUAUGUUAAGACUGACAUAAUGGAAUUCCAUCAACGUCUCUCACAACACGUGGACAACUCGAAAAUGAGAGUAGAGAGAAUCAUCAAGAAUCUACCAGAAGCAUUGCGAAGACUGUCAGAAAUAGUACAGGAUAUUGAUAUUACAAGAGUUCAAGAGAAAAAUCGUAUCGCAAAUCUCUACACUUCUCUGGACGAUGAUGUUUCGAAGACUCUCCAAUGGAUUGUCCAUCUUGUAUCUUACGAAAGAAAUGAGGGAAAACAACUGGAAAGAAGAAAUAAGUUGAGAAAACUGAAGAAAGGAGGAAUAUGGACUGGAAGUGUACAGGCUACUAAUAUUAUCUGA